AUGUCUUCAGAAACCCUAGAAGAGGAGAAACCUCAAGUGGGAGAACCCCUAGCUGAAGCCAAUCUAGAGAGAAAUAUAGGGCUGUUUUCUGACUUUGUGUGGGCUGAAAAUGAGGAAAAACAGAGGGCCAAGAUAAGGGAGAGAAUUGACAAAUGUAUCAAAGAAAAGUUGUUGGACUUCUGUGAUGUGCUUAAUAUUCCAAUAAACAAAACUGGUAUGAAGAAGGAGGAACUGUCUGCGAAAUUGUUGGAAUUUUUGGAGUCCCCACAUGCUACAACUGACAUUCUGCUUUCUGAAAAGGAAAAGAAAGGUAAAAAGCGAACCCGAAAGGAAAGGCUUAGCAAAUCUUCUGGUGAAGGAUCUGAAACUCCUGCCAAGAAAGGUAAAAAGCGAACCCAAAAGGAAAGGCUCGACUCCGAUUCCGACGAAGAACAACAAAACACACUUCCUCCACAGACAGUUACAGUUACUCAUCAACCUUCAAAUGCUUCCACUUUCCCCCCGGAGUCCGUCGACAUCUCCGACGACGACGAAUUCAUCGACGUCUCCGACAGCCUCUCUCCGCCCUCUCCUCAGCCGCAACCUGUUCCCGGCUCUCCCGUCGCUAAUUUCCUCCCUCGCCUCGGAUUGGCCUUGAAGAGAGACUGGCUUGCUUCCUGUCUUUGCGAACUCCAAGCCUCCGUCACUGGCUUCGAAGGCCUCGAUGUCGCCGCAAAGGCCAAGCUCUGUUUUGAGCAAUUUCUGUUUGCUGAUAUGAACUUCUGUGGCAGCGGCGUUCUCCCUCCCAAUGUGGAUUCCAUGCACCUUAGCGUUCUCCCUGGUCCCUACGUAUUGCAGGUUGAUGAAAUAAUCAAUAUUAGUUGUCCUCUACGAAGCAGAUAUGAACAAGCCCCUCCUGGACUUAAAAGGUGCCUGAAGUUGUCAUUGACUGAUGGCGUUCAGAGAGUCUUUGGGAUGGAGUACAGGCCCAUCCAAGCUCUUGAAGUUUGUGCAUCUUCUGGUUUAAAGGUUGCUAUCUCUAACGUACGUGUCCAUCGUGGACUUCUGAUGCUUGUCCCUGAAACCAUUGAAAUUUUGGGGGGAUUAGUUGAGCAGCUGGAUGCAGCAAGAAAACAGUUGGUUGAAGAAUUAAAUAAGCCGCCUAGGGGAAAAAGAACCAAAAAUGGAGUGUUUCCUCCUUUAGCAACUAGAGCAACUCUUGCUGCAUGGCCUUCGAGUGGAGUUGAUGAUAUUGGGCAAAGUGGCUCUACAUUGCACAGUACUGAUUCUAUCCAGGCAAACAGCCAAGGUGCUGGCCUGAGCAUUUCUGGCACUGGUAACAUCUUCACAACUGAUGAUACUUUUGUCAUGGGUGCACAAAAUUCUGCUUCUAAUUCAAUACCCCACAUGCUGUCAAAUGCUGAGGCCAUGAACAUAAAUAUGCAUGGGGACAUCAAUCCGAUGUCCCGUGCCAAUUCUAUGGCGAACCAGUUCUCUUCUAUUAUCUCAGAGGCUGAGGAUAUGCACAUAGAUGUUGCUAAUGUCUCCAGGGAAGAUUCUGUUGAUAAUCAGUCUUCUCACAUGCGAUCAAAUGUUGCAGCUGCACAUAAGGAUACUGUUCAUACAACCAGAGAAAGUUCUGGGGCUACUGAGUGCCCUCCUGUUGUUGAAAAUGUUGAGACAAGCAGGGAUAGAAUUAAUCUAACCACAGAUAAUGCUCUUCCGAGAAGAUCCUCCUCCACUAUCUCAAACACUAGUGAUAUACAGAUGGUUGAUGGCAGUGACUGCCCAGUCACAGUGUCCGGAGUCCAAGAGGUUCCAUUCACAUACUUAGCUAGUUUGUCAGCCAAGUGGGUUGCAAUGAAGGAGAAAGCUCCUUCGAUUCAGGGUAAAAUUAAGUGCUUUUUGACUGGUGUAAAAGGAUUCCAGUAUAAGAAAAGGACAACAUAUGAGCUUCUGGCAUAUGUAGACGAUGGUAGCCUUAUUUCUGAAAUCCUCAUUGAUCAUGAUGUUGUACAGAAAGGAAUUGGUUAUUCUGCCCAGGAGGUCACUGCAGCUCUUUCUUCUCCUGACACGAAUGUUGUCCACAACAUGAAGGAUACAAUGCGCAAAUUUCAAACCUUUUUAGCAAAUUUUGAGGGAGUAAUACUUGUGGAAUUAAAUAGAAAAUCUUCCCUUCCACUUGCCUUAGAUAUGAAUCAAGGUUGUCCUCAAUCCGAUGCGUGGUUACUUCUGAGAAGACUGAAGACUCUUUACCCUGCACAAGUUCAAACACAUUUUCCUUCGGAUCCAAUUGAAUUAUCCCCGUAAUUUUCUGAAUGGCUAGCAGUUCAUUAUUUGGGCGCAACAGAGUUGGGCUCAAAAUGGUUACACCAAGCAAAUAUAACAUGAAUGGAAAUGUGUUAUUGCAGGCCUUACAAUUACGUAUUCAAUAUGAAAAUAAUUUCGUUCUCCGUACUUCACCAAAAUCCUCGAGUCCCCAGAUCCUAGUAUAACUAAGAUGGACUCAGAAAUAUGGCAUUAUGAGUUAGCAUUUGGUGCUGAACCAACUUGUAUGCUACCUCACAGGUAAAGGUUCAAAGUUGACCUACAGACUAUAUAUUGAGGUCCAGAGGAAAGGCGAUAAAAUGUUUAGUGUUCAUUGACAUCAUAUCAAGGAAUGACGUUACUAGUACCCUGCAUUGGUAAAAGUAAUGAAUGAUUAUUGGGAAAAGGAGGAAAGAAAUUAAGAUAACUAAUGUGAUCAAAGGUUGCCAGGUACAUCCCUACAGGCUAUAUAGGCCUGAAUUAGCCUUCCAUGUUUUCAUCGUCAUUCGUGUUGCCGUUGGAGGUUAUUUUGUAGGAUGGGACGUAUCUCUUCUGUUAGGAUGCGUUGUAGUUCAUGAAUAUAUGUAACAAUUGUUUUGGUAAUUAAAUUUGAAAUGUAAAUUUUCUGUCAUUGAUU